AUAGACAAAAAUAGAGAAGGCGGCAUGGCGAGUGUAACAACCAUAAAUUGGCUAUUUAUAUGUGGCCUAUUUUUCUGUUUGGGCGGUGUUGUGGUGCUAAGUUUUAUGUCACUGCCCUCAGAUUGCAUUUGUCCCAUAAGUCGACCCAAGCCAAAAGAAUCGGCCGACUUGUUGAACAAACCACCGGAUCAAUUACAAGUUGUACAUAAGUUAGCUGUGUUAGUGCCAUUUCGCGACCGUUUCGAGGAGCUGCUACAAUUUGUGCCACACAUGACAACGUUCCUAAAGAAACAGCAUGUUCAUCAUCAUAUUUUUGUUUUAAAUCAAGUUGAUCGUUAUCGCUUCAAUCGCGCCUCUCUCAUUAAUGUGGGCUUUCGUUUUGUGAGCGGAGUCUAUGACUAUAUUGCCAUGCAUGAUGUUGAUUUGUUGCCCUUAAAUAAUGAUUUACAUUAUGAUUAUCCCAGCGAUGCGGGGCCAUUGCAUAUUGCCGCACCUGAGCUACAUCCCAAAUAUCACUAUGAAAACUUUGUGGGUGGCAUUCUGUUGGUGAGAAAUGACCAUUUUGAGAAAAUGAAUGGCAUGUCGAAUAAAUAUUGGGGUUGGGGUCUGGAGGAUGAUGAAUUUUUUGUUCGAAUCAGAGACGCAGGUCUGAAGGUGACAAGACCGCAGGGUAUAAAGACUGGUGUAAAUGAUACCUUUAACCACAUACACAAUCGUUAUCAUCGCAAACGUGAUACUCAAAAGUGCUUCAAUCAAAAGGAGGUAACUCGUAGACGUGACCGUGAAACGGGCCUCAAUACUCUGCAAUACAAAAUAACCAAAGUCCAUGACAUGCUCAUCGAUGGCACUCAAAUAACCGUACUCAACAUUGAACUGGAAUGUGAUUUGAAUAAAACACCAUGGUGUGACUGCAGUGGUAAUGCCCAAGCCGCUGCCGAAGAACAAAUGAAACAGUGAUACUAAUCAA